AUGAAUGAAUGGUGGUUUAAAGAUUUUCAUUACCCUAAAGAAGAAAGGAAAAAAAUAAACACUUUGAACAUUAGCAAUAGAGGUCUAACUGGAGAACUAUGUCUAGUUAUGAAAAAAUGCACUGAAAAAAUGCAAUUAAAGAUGUACAGACAAGACUUAAGCGAAGGUUUGGAACAUUUGCCUGAAAGUUGCCAAAAACUUUAUUGCAAUAGCGACUACAAAUAUGAAUCCAUAAAAAUUAUGGAAAAAUUAGACAAAAGUAGCUGUUCGGAAAAAAGACUAUACGUUAUUCGAGAAAUAAACAACAUAAACCAAUUACAGUCUCCUAAGGAGUUAUAUAAACUUCAACUAGCAAUCUAUGCUGCUCAAUCUAUUGGUAGGAGUGCUGCAGUAUUGGGUGCUGUUUUUAUUUUUAGAGACUCUCAAGCCAUUGGAGGAGGAAUUGCUGCUAUCUAUCCCAUUACUGAAUUGUUUGAAAUUGAGAAGUUAAAAGGAGGAGAAAUAAAAAAAUCCUUAGAAGAUUUAAAUAAUAACCUUAUUAAUUUCUUAAGCGAUUAUGAUAAAGAUAAUAACGAGGAAGUUGACAUUAAUGAAUUAAUAUCAAAAAGAGUUAUAAUCAAGUAUCGUAAACUUUCUUACGGAAUGGAUGAAAAAGAUGCAGGUAAUCAACUAAGAGAAAGCAUGAAUCGACUACAAAUUGAAAAUGAUCAAGAAACCAAAAUAGAAAUCCCCCCUAAAUAA